AUGCAGAGUUUGCUGGUAGUUUCGAGCCCAACUACUUCCAGCAAGAAGAAACGAAGGAGACGCGCGAAGCGAAAGAACGCUCAACAACAACAACAACAACAACAAGACCAAAUAGCCGACGAAAACACACAGAUUAUUGGUGAUGAAAUUGUUCCAGCAAUCAGUGAACCACGUAAUCCCCAGGAUGACAAUCCUCCCAGCAAAUCGACAAGCAUCUCUUACGAGGACAAUAUUGAAGGUGGUUUGAAAGGAAGCGAAGGUUCACCGGAAAAGCAAAACGUGAAGAAGAAACGUAAAAGGAGGCGACGAAACAGGAAAAGUGUAAGUCGUAACGAAAGCGAUUCGGGAAUAUCUAAUCCAAGUAUUAGUGACUAUUCAGGACCAAAUGAGGAGCUUUUUAUGUCAAUUAAUAAUCUCUUUGUCAAACUCUCCGACGAAUUGCCUACAAUAGACAAGGCGAUUCAAUCCCUUGAUCUCACCAAAAAGAAAGAAAUUGACCACUUAACCUGGCACCUAGAAAUUGCGAAGACGAAAUCGGCUAAAUCCAAGAAGAGUCUCGUUGAAAGGUGCAACGAACGACUCAACGCCUGGUACUGCUUCAUGAUUCUCCUGAGAUAUUACCUCAGUUAUUAUGGAAGUCAAAGUUCAAAGGCACUUCUCUCCCUUUCUAUCUGUUAA